AUGAUUAUGCGCUAUUUUGAGACUCGCUGCUUAAUUUCACGUAGAUUUGCACUAGCGCCUGUCUGUCUACUACUCGUGAUGUGCUUGUGUGGCCUAUCCCGAGCUUCCGAUAGGGGACCGAACGCAGGGCCCAACAAAGAAGGACUAGUCAUGGGCUUAGAUACCAAAGUCCUGUCUAGACUGAGCAGCAUGCUCUAUCCACUCGCUCGAACAGACACCGAAGAAUACUGUCCCCGUGAGCAGGCGAUUAAUAUAUCGAGUGCCAAUAACUCUGAUCUGAUUGUUAACCCUAAUUGGGGAGUCGUAGUAGAGUGUACUCAGGCCAACGCCGAUCUCGAGACGGCUCUUGCAAACACUGGCUUGGUCAUCUGCCAGAGCUUGCUAAUUAAAAGAGACAGUGUAGAGGAUACUUCGCCAAUAGCAAUUUCUGUGCUAAUCCACACUCUUGCUAAAUUUAGACCUACUACUCUACAGAUCUGUCUAGCCCGUUUUCUUUCAACUGGCGCCCAAACUUCAGCAGCGUCACUCGACAACAACCUGUCUCCAACCCAGCCUAGUAAUCCUAAACCAACAUUAUCUCAUAAGAACAGCACUGAUUCGUCUUGCACGGACAACUCAACCCGAACUUCUCCCAACGGCCGCUACGUUUCCACAGCCACUCUUGUGUUUGAAAGCCCCCAAUCCGCCGACUCCAUGAGUUCAAAUGGGCAGAAAGCUUUGCCGACCGGCUCAUCCAUUUCCAGCUCGACCCAUAGCAUCAGAAGCAACCAGAGUGUCUCGAGCACCACCAGUUACCACUCCUGUAAAUCACGCUGGGAGAAAUCAGCCAGCACCAAUUCAGAUCCGGCUGCCAACUCAAGCACCCCGACCAAUACCCCAACUACUACCCCAACUAACACCACUCCUACCAAUCCCAUCUUAAGUCUAGUCAUUGCUGCCACUGACGCCGAGGUCAUCGAGUUGGUCUUUGAAAGGAUCUCGACUGCUCAGCUGAUGCAAAUCUCGAUCAUUAAGUGCCCAGUCAAGAACCUCUCCUUCCUUCAGGACAUCUCCUUAGACUCCCUGGAGUUUUUCUACCUCUUUAAUCCUACCUUGCUAGAGCUACUAGACAUCGGCUUUCUGCUCAACCGCCCGCAGCUGGACUUAGUCCUACGCAGGAUUCCCAAGACAGCUAGACUUCAGCUCCCGGGCUCCGCCAUUACUCUUCGACACUUCACCACCGACCACGACUUUCUCUACAACUUUCGUGGCGCCGGAGUGUCUAUUCACUGCCAAGACCGGCUUAAAGUAAUUAUGGACGACUUAACCUCCUUUUCUCUGCCCAGGGACUAUUUGAAUACCAAUGUGCAAACAGACUGUUUUGUCCGGACUGAUGUUGUGGCCGUGCACAUUAUAUCUCCAUCCCAGCUAUUUGAUUACGAUCUCGUGGCUGAAAAGGCACUCCACCCGCUUGGCGAGAGUGGUGUCUAUUCCAAUAGAGGAGACAUUCUUUACGGGGUGACUUCUAUUCAUGGCAUCGCACCCGAGUAUUACACGUACUACGGCUUGGGUUGGGACUUGGCCAGUCACGUGGUGGCAGCCUAUAUUUCCCCCCAAUGGGAUCCACAAGCUUUUAUCAAUCCACUGACCUCCACUCUACCUCAGCGGCCCAGCUCGGAUAACUCAGCCCAGACAUGCUGCCCGCCCCAACCAUCUCAUCCACCAGCCCUAAUCCAGCCGGCCACAGAAGUUUACACCUCCGAAAUGGCAUACGUAUCUGACUGCACUAUUCCAUUGCAUACACCCCAGGGUUCACAAGACUCCAAUGCAACCCACAUUUCCGAGUAUUCACUCCCGUCCGAUUCACACCGACAAUCCAAUCCAUCCCUUUCAUCCUACCAGACCUGCCAGCCUUCCUCAACCCCGCCCAGUCAUCCAAAUCAUCCAACCCAGUCAACCCCACCCAAUCAUCUAAAUCACCCAAACCACCUAACACACCCAAAUCAUCUAACACAACCAUUACAGGAAGAAAGACAACAGCCACCACAACCUAAACCCAACCAAAUAAUAACCCAACUAAAACAGCCGAGAAAUCGAAGCCGAUCAGAUGCACCCGUCCGCUACAGCACAAGUGAUUCUUCAAAGGACCAAACAGCCAUAAACCCCCAACUACCCAAAGCCAAGCCAAGCAAUAACUCUUCAUCCCACCCCGUGCCCAUUUACACUGCCCCAGCCGACUUCACAACACUUGACGCCACAGCACUUGACCCCAUAGUACUUGACCCCGCUGCACUUGAUCUUUUUGCCAUUGACUCCGCAACACGCCAUCCUACAGCACUCGACUCUAUCCCAUCCGAGCCUAGUACACCGGCCCCGGACACCCGUGUUCGUACCCCAUACAUUCCGGGUCCAUACAUUCCAUCAAAUCUCCCAAGAAAAUCCAAGCAGCCCAACCCACUUACGGCCGAGUCUGCCCGGGCCCCCUCAUCCUCUGAUGCCUCACAUGAUUCUGUCCAACCACCCUCUAGUGAGCACUCCUUUUCCACGAGCAAAUCUUCUGUGCAAGCUAAACAGAAACCCAAUACUAAACGCAAGCCUGUGCGAAAACAACCCCGAUCAAACAAGCCAGAACCAAGCAACCAUCCAACCGACGAGGGCACUCCAUCGCGCUCCUUUCUUGACAUCCUAUGCUGCCGCCCCGACGAAACCGCCUAG